GACAUGGAUAGAUGCAAACAUGUAGGGCGGUUGCGGCUGGCCCAGGACCACUCCAUCUUGAACCCUCAGAAGUGGUGCUGCAGGGAGUGCACCACCACGGAGUCGGUGUGGGCUUGUCUCAAGUGCUCGCACGUGGCUUGCGGCCGCUACAUUGAAGACCACGCCCUUAAACACUUCGAAGAGACUGGACACCCGCUAGCCAUGGAGGUCCGGGAUCUCUACGUGUUCUGUUACUUGUGCAAGGACUACGUGCUCAAUGAUAACCCAGAGGGGGACCUGAAGCUGCUAAGAAGCUCCCUCCUGGCGGUCAGGGGUCAGAAGCAGGACCUGCCGGGGAGGCGUGGCCGGACACUGCGGUCCAUGGCCUCAGGCGAGGACAUGUCCCCGCCGCCGCGCACUCCUCAGGGACAGCCGCAGAUGCUCACGGCUCUGUGGUACCGGCGCCAGCGCCUGCUGGCCAAGACGCUGCGGCUCUGGUUUGAGAAGAGUUCCCGGGGCCAGGCAAAACUGGAGCAGCAGCGGCGAAAGGAGGCACUGGAGCGCAAGAAGGAGGCUGCGCGGCAGCGGAGGCUCGAGGUCAAGAGGCGCCUGCUGGAGGAGCUGGCCAGUGCCCCUCCGCGCAAAAGCGCACGCCUGCUUCUGCACACGCCCCGCGCGGCUGCCCCACGCUCUGCCGCCCCACGCACGCCAACCGGGGGCCGCCUUCCGCUGCGCCGUGCACCAGCCAUGGCUCCAGGCGUCACCGGCCUGCGCAACCUGGGCAACACCUGCUACAUGAACUCCAUCCUACAGGUACUCAGCCAUCUCCAAAAGUUCCGAGAGUGUUUCCUGAAUCUAGACCCUUCCAAAACGGAACAACUCUUUUCCAGAGCCACCAAUGGGAAGGCAUCGCUCUCAGGCAGGCUGGCCAGCAACUCAGCCACUGAGCUGUCGCCAAGGAGCGACAGGGGGACUGAGGCUUGCAAGCAGGAUGGCCUGUGCUGGAAUGGUGGGGCCUCCAUUACUAGGAGUCUAGAACUCAUCCAGAACAAGGAGCCCAGCUCAAAGCACAUCUCCCUCUGCCAUGAACUGCACACCCUCUUCCGAGUCAUGUGGUCCGGGAAGUGGGCCCUGGUCUCGCCCUUUGCCAUGCUUCACUCGGUGUGGAGUCUCAUCCCUGCCUUCCGCGGCUACGACCAGCAAGACGCUCAGGAGUUUCUCUGCGAGUUGUUGCACAAAGUGCAGCAGGAACUUGAGUCUGAGGGCACAACGCGGCGGAUCCUCAUCCCCUUCUCCCAGAGGAAGCUCACCAAACAGGUCUUAAAGGUGGUGAACACCAUAUUUCAUGGGCAGCUACUCAGUCAGGUCACAUGUAUAUCAUGCAGUUACAAAUCCAACACCAUUGAGCCCUUUUGGGAUCUGUCCCUGGAAUUCCCUGAACGCUAUCACUGCAUAGAAAAGGGAUUUGUCCCUUUGAAUCAGACAGAGUGCCUGCUCACUGAGAUGCUAGCCAAGUUCACAGAGACAGAGGCCCUGGAAGGGAGAGUCUACGCUUGUGACCAGUGUAACAGCAAACGACGAAAAUCCAAUCCAAAACCCCUUAUUCUGAGUGAAGCUAGAAAGCAGUUAAUGAUCUACAGACUACCUCAGGUUCUCCGGCUGCACCUUAAAAGAUUCAGGUGGUCUGGCCGUAAUCAUCGAGAGAAGAUUGGGGUCCAUGUCGUCUUUGACCAGGUAUUAACCAUGGAACCUUACUGCUGCAGGGACAUGCUCUCCUCUCUUGACAAAGAGACCUUUGCCUAUGAUCUCUCCGCAGUGGUCAUGCAUCACGGGAAAGGGUUUGGCUCAGGACACUACACAGCCUAUUGCUACAACACAGAGGGAGGUUUUUGGGUCCACUGCAAUGACUCAAAGCUGAAUGUAUGCAGUGUCGAGGAAGUGUGCAAAACCCAAGCCUACAUCCUUUUUUACACUCAAAGAACAGUUCAGGGCAAUGCAAGAAUCUCUGAAACCCAACUUCAAGCUCAGGUGCAGCCCAGCAACAACAAUGAGGGCAGACCACGGGCCUUCCCCUGAAUGGGAGGCACAUGUCAAAGAACUGGCUUACUUUUAAACUUUUGAUGUUUGUACAUCUUUCCUCUUAUAGGAAACAAGGUUUACUGCAGGAACAAGUUACAAGGUUUGCCUCACUGGGUCUAGAGCAGAGGUGCCAGGUGAUUCAUGUGCUAUCAUAAAAUCUGUAGUCACUUUCUCUUGAAUGGAUUUGAAAAGUCCCUCCUUUGAUAAAACAAGCCAAAAGGAGUAACUUGUACGAAGAUUCUUUCAUCAGUUACUUCUGAACAUUGAGGGAUCUGGGUAGAGCAAAGGGGGAGUAAAUUGAUCAUAUCCAGCCAGGAGAGCAGCCAUGUUUUCUUUCCAUUAUGCGAUUCCCUGCUAAUUAGGACCUCCUUGCAGCACCAGAAGAAUCCUCCCGGUGUGAGCAGCCCAGGACAGAGCUAGCAGCUUGCCGGAUGGGACUGGUUCCAAGGCAGCAGGUGACGUCUAAGGAAUUGUUCCAACAAAGGAAGUAACUUCAAGGGUUGAAAACUCGCAGACUUAACUUUUUG